AUGGGAUCGUCUUCGUCUGAUUGCUAUAUGGACGCCCGUCGCGUUGUGACAGCUGUGUAUAACCUCACACUUCACCCGCUUGCCAAAUAUCCUGGACCGCUGUUAUGGCGCAUUUCUCCCAUACCCUCCAUCGUUUCUUUGCUACGUGGUCGCAUUGCCUUUGAGUACAAGAUUCAUCACGACAAGUACGGGCCCGUCGUGCGUGUCAUGCCCAACGAGCUCUCUUUCAAUACAGCAAAAGCAUGGGACGACAUUUAUGGACACCGGGUCGGACUUGCGAACAUGGACAAAGAUCCUAUUCAUGUUGGUGCGGUGGAAGCAAUACCAGGUGCCACCAACCUGACAAUGGCACCGGACAUCCACCAUGCGAGGCAGAGGAGAGCACUUGCUCAUGCGUUCAGCAAGCAGGCACUGCUGGAACAACAGUCGAUCUUGAAGGGAUACGUAGAUCUGUUUGUAGAUCGAUUGAGGGAGAAGGCGCACAGAGGUGAAUCGGCGAACAUGGUAUCGUGGUUCAACUUUUGCACUUUCGAUAUCAUUGGUGAUCUUAGUUUUGGCGAGCCUUUCGGGUGUCUGCGAGAAGGCGAAGGUUCGGAAUCAGCAAAUUGGGUUGUAUUAAUCUACGAAGCCAUAAAGUCCGGCGCUAUUGAACAAGCUACCCGCCGCUUCGCUAGGCCCGGUUCUGUCGCCCAAAAGUUCCUCAUGUGGUGCAUUCCUACGGUCGUCCGCGAGCGCCGUUUCCGCCAUUUACGCAACUCGACAGAGAAGACUGUGAAGAGAUUGAAUCAAAAAGACAACGAUCAUCGCGAUUUCAUCUGGUAUAUCUUGAAACAAAGAGAGAAGAAGAACGAGGUCAGUGACGACGAAGUCAUCAUGAACGCAGCGCUGUUCAUCGUGGCAGGGAGUGAAACUACUGCAACAGAGCUUUGCGGGUUGACAAACUACCUCUUGAGGAACCCAGAAACAUUCAAGAAGCUGAAAGAUGAGCUAAGAGGCGCGUGUAAGACUGAAGCGGAUAUCAAUAUGGAUGUCCUUGGCAACCUACCGUACAUGAAUGCCUGCAUUGAGGAAGGUCUUCGAAUCUUCCCUCCAGUACCUAUCGGUCUUCUCCGCACAGUGCCCAAAGGCGGUUCGCUGAUCGAUGGCCAUGCCGUUCCCGAAAACACAUCCGUCUGUGUCAGUUCCUGGGGCGCGUCGCACUCGGCGUCCAACUUCGCAGAACCCGACUCUUUCAUUCCUGAGCGCUUCCUUGACACGCCAGAGUCAAAAGGAAAGUUUGCUGGCGACUCCAAGAAAGCGGCGCAGCCCUUUUCAACCGGACCAAGAGGGUGCAUUGGCAGAAACUUGACAUAUGUCGAGCUGCGAUUGAUUUUGGGCGCGCUUCUCUGGAACUUUGAUAUCGAGCUGGCGGAUGGAGCGCCGCUUUGGCACCCAAAGAAUGAGUUCGAGGGAUUGAAGGCGUACAAUACUUGGGAGAAGAGUCCGUUGAUGGUUAAGUUGACGGACAUCAGGGGGCCACCUCGGUGA